GUUCUGGGAGCUCCCCGCUUUGUCUGCCCUGUGCACACAGACCCCAUUCCUCCCUUGUCUUCUCACACCUGGACCGCAGCUUAGACUCCUGAGUUCUUGGUUCUCCCCUCUCUCUCUUCCUCCUGGACUCAUUUCACUCUUCCUGUACAACUGCACUCUUCCGUUUCUUGCCUCUGCUCUAACCCCAGACUGUCCUCUGCCCUGGGUCCCAGAAAAGAGCUCUGGCCCUUCUCAGGGUGAGAACGAGGCCACUUCCUGGGGAACAGAGGACACCCCAGUAGAAACCUAAGCUUGGGAACCUCCUUCUGGCCCAUCAUGCAGGCCAGAGGCCAGCAGCUUUCAGGAGCCUUGUCUUUCAGGGGCUGAGGGAGCUUCCGCUGGGCCUAGAACCCCACCCCAGCAUGGUCCCGGCCUGUGGGGGGCCGCUCCAGAGCACAGCCACCAACCUUGACUUUGGGGGCCGCCAUGACCCAGCCUCCACCUACCAAAGCACCAGCCAAGAAGCACGUGCGGCUACAGGAGAGGCGGGGCUCCAGCGUGGCUCUGAUGUUGGAUGUGAGGUCUCUGGGUACCGUCGAACCCAUCUGCUCAGUGAACACGCCUCGAGAGGUCACCCUGCACUUCCUGCGCACGGCCGGACACCCCCUCACCAGCUGGGCCCUGCAGCAUCAGCCUCCCGGUCCCAAACAGCUGGAGGAAGAGUUCUUGAAGAUCCCCUCCAACUUUGUGAGCCCUGAAGACCUGGACAUCCCUGGCCAUGCCUCCAAGGACCGAUACAAGACCAUCUUGCCAAAUCCCCAGAGCCGUGUCUGUCUUGGCCGGGCACAGAGCCAGGAGGAUGGAGACUACAUCAAUGCCAACUACAUCCGGGGCUACGACGGGCAGGAGAAAGCCUACAUCGCCACGCAGGGCCCGAUGCCCAACACCGUGGCGGACUUCUGGGAGAUGGUGUGGCAGGAGGAAGUGCGUCUCAUUGUCAUGCUCACUCAGCUCUGCGAGGGCAAGGAGAAAUGUGUCCACUACUGGCCCACACAAGAGGAAAACUAUGGACCCUUUCGGAUUCGCAUCCAAGACCUGAAAGAGCACCCCGAGUACACUGUGCGGCAGCUCCUCAUCCAGCACCAGGAGGAACGGCGGUCAGUGAAGCACAUCCUCUUCUCAGCCUGGCCUGACCACCAGACCCCAGAGUCGGCCGGGCCCCUGCUGCGCCUGGUAGCCGAGGUGGAGGACAACCCGGAGUCAGCUGCGGGCGCCGGGCCCGUGGUGGUCCACUGCAGCGCAGGUAUCGGCCGGACCGGCUGCUUCAUCGCCAUCCACAUUGGCUGCCAACAGCUGAAGGCCCGAGGGGAAGUGGACAUUCUGGGCAUUGUGUGCCAACUGCGCCUGGACAGGGGAGGAAUGAUCCAGACAGCCGAGCAGUACCAGUUCCUGCACCACACCUUGGCCCUGUACGCCUCCCAGCUUCCCCGGGAGCCCGGCCCCUGACCCCUGUGCCUGCGCCGGCCCAGGUGUGCCAACCGCCC